AUGGACUUUGAUCACUUCAUCACCCUUUGCGGGCGUUCCCUGUUCACGGAGGAAUACCGAGGCAAUCUAGACAGUGCAUGGGAAUUACUAGAGCAAUCAAAGCCCACUACACAUCCUGGCCCCGAGCACGCCGAGUAUCUGAGAUGCAAAUCAAUAUACUCAAUACUAACAGGCAAACUAUCAGACGCCUACCAACACCUCAGUCACCUCUAUGGUCUCCUCGACCAACUUCCUCCAGAAUGGGGUCUCCGCUAUACAAACUACACUCUAAUAGCCGACUGGACACGCCGCUACCCCCCAGCCCUGCGCUUCUACCACGAGCGCGGUCUUCCCCGCAAUUUAUGCAUGGAAGAAAGCAUCCUGGGACAAGCCGAGAUUUGGCACAAGUUCAUGAACAACUUCACAAAGUACUUACCAACCGGUGCACCGCGAGACCAAGGCCUUUGUCAGAUCCUGGGCGCUGUGCAAUUCAUGGCACCCAAUCUCAUGAGAGAUCUGGCUGCGACAUACCACCCGCUUUCGCCUGGUGGGUCACAUCAUCAGUCUACCGGAGAUCCGUACCCGGCUAUUGAGGACUUCAUGAAAAAGCUCAAUGUGGUUAAAUACCGAGAGGCUGCAGAAACGCAUGGAGCAACUGGCCUUGCGUCGUACCUUUCUCGGCUGGUUGUGGAGUUCCACCUUGCUUGUCAGAGACCGUCUGCAUAUGUUGAGUUGGAUGGAUUGUAUUCGCGGUAUGAAAACCAUGCUGAUCAGGUUGGAAUGGCGAAUUGCAGAAUGAUGAAGGGGGACAAUUUGGUCAGUCCUCCUUUUGCGAGUCCUCUUUCCUUGAAUAUUAUCAUCGUCGAUGCCUCCUCUGCUAUAGCGGAGGAUACCACUUGGGAUUCCCUUGCAGAGGACCUCACUUUUACAUACUCAUCGGAGGCUCAAGAGUGCUAUGCCUCUGCACUCACUGGAUUCCAAGAAGCAAACUGUAAACGGGGCCAGGCAGCCGUCCUGCUGAGACAGGGUUGUUGUUUGCACACGGUUACAAUUCAUCAAAAGAAUAAGAUAGCGUCUUUGAACACACUUGACGAAGCCGAAGAGAAGCUACAGAGGGCCCUUGAGCUGUUCGGCAAGGACGAGGCAAAUUUGCAGCUAGUCAAAGUCCACCAAAUCUUGCUUCAGACAAGCAAAGGAAAUACGCGCCACUCAAGGAAAAUCGCAAGAGACAUUGGACAAUGGAGUGUCAAUGCCAAAAAUCAAAUAUUCGGCCAUUACCUCGGGCUACUCAUCUCACGCUAUGCACGACAAGAAUGGUUCCAGUUCUCGCGCAUGGACACUGCACUUUCCGCUUGGGAAUGUGCAUCCGAACUUUUCGAUGCUCUUGGCGAUACAAUACCCAAGUUCCAAACCGUGGUAUCGCGCGCCUGGGUGCAAAGCGAAAUGUUCAACCAAACAGCAGCGAAGCUUUUCCUCGACGAGGCCCUGGCCAUGGUCGAUCAAGUCAGCGAGUACUACGAAGCCCGCAUCAAACGUGCUCCCAAUGAUGAGAUAGGCAGAUUGGAUCUGAAAUCGCUGCAGACUGCCAAGUUCAGUAUGUUGUGGACGUUUAGUCGGAAGGUUAGCAGUAUCUAUCUUCGGGUAGAGGACUUGCCGGCUUUUGAGAAGUGGCAGAAGAAAUUGGCUUAUUGGAUUCAGUUUGAUGAUUGUUUUCGGGAAUUCAGAGAGAGUCAAGGGGAUUAUUUGGACCGCCAUUCUACGAGGCCGGAUGUUUCUUAUGUUCCGAGACCUAGAAAGAGCCUGUGGGAAAGGACUAUGGCUGAUGAUGUGGUUCGGGUGAGAUAUGCUGCUGGUGAGAUCUCGUAUCGGCGGCUUCUUGAGGAGGGGGAUAUUGUACAGGCUGAAGAGACACUGCGUUUGUUUGUGAAUCAGUCAAUGGAUUUGGAGCGGCUUUAUGCAAGGGAUCUCUGGUGCAUACUUGCUUGUGAGAGAAUUGGGGAUUUGGAAAGAGCAAGAAUGAUUCUGGAUGGUAUCGACGACAACAAUUUGUUCGACGAAAGUCUUGAGGAGUUCAAGCAGGGCAUUGCAACCAAGUCGAUAUUUCCAACUGUUGCAGACAAUGCUUUGAGGUUCUGUGUUUAUGCUGGAGACUAUGAAAGAGGUCGGCGAAUGGCCGAUCUUAUCCUGGAAAUUUCUCCGAAGUUCUUUGAUGAGUUGAAUGAGAAUUCCCUGGAUAGCGCAUUUCGACUCUGCUACUACAGCGCCGUUCUGAUGAAUACUCUCCGCCCAGAGCGUGCGUUUUCGAUACUUCUUCGGGUAAGACAAGCAAUUGAGCUUUCCAGGACUCAGAUGGCCGAUGUCGAUGCACGCAUUGGGAGUUCCUGGGCUGGAUGGACGCGCGAGGUUUUAUUCAAUCUUGCCGUCCUUUGUCUUCGCUGUAGAAGCGCUGGGGUUCCUGUUGCUGUAAUGGCACAGUAUGAUCACGGGCAUCCAGCUGAUAUCUCGUGGGAGGAGCAUGCUCUUCUGUUCACGGAAGGCAGUCGAGCACGCGCUGUGCUUGAAUCAUUGCAGGGACAGGCGAAUCAAGGAAAGCCGGCAGAUUCCCGAGCUGGUGCACUUUCUGACGCUAUUCACAGGCGAAGAACCCUUAGAGCUUUACUUGCUUUGGAAUCUCGAAGUCCAGAGCAGGAUGACGAAAUAUUGCAACUCAAGAUGGAUAUCAAAGAUCUCGAAGACGCCGACGAAUUGUCCCCUGCGACAAUAUCCAUUGACAGCAUGAACUCUCCAGUUCACCCCCAACUCCUCUACCAAUGCAUCGAUGACAAUUCUGUGGUCAUUGAAGCAACCUUCGGCCCUCGUGGCUCCAUUGCCUUUGCACUGACUCGAGAAGGCAUUCAACAAGUCCACUACGGCCCAACACGCACAGUCGACAUGCGCAGGCCGGUCAUGAAAAUAAUGCAAAUAAUGAAAGAAAUGACUGGAUAUCAAAGCGAAGAAGAACAAGCGCGAAAGAAAGACCUCGGCCUUCUCUCCCAUACAAUAUCCGCCGAACUCCUCGACCCAUUCACCCAAACAAUAAACACGAAAAACCACAUCAUCUUCUCCAUCUCCGACCCCCUAACAGCAUUCCCUUUCUCAACCCUCCAAUACAAAGCCAAACCUCUUAUCCACCACGCAGCCAUCUCCCAAACCCCAAGCCUAACAGUCCUCUACCACCUCACUAACCGCAAACCCCAACAAACAAGCAGACCAACAGUCUCAGUAUUCGCCAAAUCCCCAACAGAAGACUCUGCAAGCUCAACACGCGCCAACAACGAAUCAAAUCUGCACAUGGCGGGCAUAGAAGCCAUAACCAUAGCCCGAACCUUCCAAACCUGGCCAAUCGAAGCCUCAGCCCUAACGCGCAACUCCUUCCGCCAACAAAUCGAAGGCGACUCUCCAAUCCUACACAUAGGCACGCACGGCGAUCUAGACCACCGCAACCCCCUCCUCUCCUCUAUAUCCCUAGCCCACGGCCAAGAUUUCCGCGUACUGGAUAUGUCAGCAGUGCGAAGUAACGUCAGUCUCCUCGUCUUCGCCGCAUGCCUAAGCGGUCUCGGCAAAGCAAGUAUCGGAAGCGAGGUCCUCGGUUUCUCGCACGUCGUCCUGAGCACUGGUUGUCAGGCUUAUAUCGGGACAUUAUGGAAAGUGAGCGAUUUUGGAUCCAUGAUGGUGAUGACUAUCUUCUAUCGACUUCUGAAGAAGAACACGGCUCUUUCUGUUGCGGAAAUUAUGCGCAAAGCGCAGCUGGAGGUAUUGGGUCUUGAUGCUGAGAAAGCUGGUGUGCUUUUAGAUGGGAUUGUGGGGGAUUGGACUGCGGCUGAUAUGCAAGGACGGGUUCCUGCGGAGUUUGUGCCUGAUGCGGAGUUUUUGUUGUUGACUUUGAAGAUGAUUUUGGAUCAGCUGGAUUGGUCGAGUCCGUUUUAUUGGGCGCCGUUUACAUUAAUGGGCCAUGGGGAUUUCUGCUUUGGGUAG